ACCUCUUAAGUGAGUUCUUCAGGAGACCUCCCUACAGGCUGUGCUGGUGGCGACUCCGGACCGGGGCUUAUUCGCGGCGGGCACUGAUCGGGUCAGUGGGAGGACAGCAGGCGGGAUCAUACGGGCUCCGUUCAGACGUCGUCUCGCCUGUUCAGUUCCCUCGGCGGUUGAGCCGACAUGGCCUCACUGUGAACUGAAGAGGCUCCAAGGGUCUGCACUGGCCUGCAGGAGAUGAACAUUAGCAGCCGCCUCUCCUGGUUUGGUCCACGAAGCGGAGUCUGAGCCGGCAUGGCGGACUGGAACCUGCUCGGGAAGCUGCUGGAGAGCGCUCAGGAGCACUCCACCGUCGUGGGCAAGGUCUGGCUCACCGUGCUCUUCAUCUUCCGCAUCCUGGUGCUGGGCGCGGCGGCCGAGAAGGUGUGGGGCGACGAGCAGUCGGGCUUCACCUGCGACACCAAGCAGCCCGGUUGCCAGAACGUCUGCUACGACAGGACCUUCCCCAUUUCCCACAUCCGCUUCUGGGUGAUGCAGAUCAUCUUCGUCUCCACGCCCACUCUCAUCUACCUGGGCCACAUCCUGCACCUGGUGCGCAUGGAGGAGAAGGAGAAGCAGAAAGAAAAGGAGCCGGCUGCUCACGACGAAAAGCAGCAGCAGCUGCACGGCGGCAAGGCGAAGAAGGCGUCGGUCAAAGACAACCAGGGCCACGCGCGCCUGCAGGGAGCUCUGCUGCGGACAUACGUGUUCAACAUCAUCUUCAAGACCCUGUUUGAAGUUGCCUUCAUUGUAGCUCAGUACUUCCUGUACGGGUUCCAGCUCAAGCCCAUGUACACCUGCGACCGCUGGCCGUGCCCCAACGUGGUGAACUGCUACAUCUCGCGGCCCACUGAGAAGUCCAUCUUCAUCCUCUUCAUGCUGGCGGUGGCCUGCUUGUCGCUGCUGCUCAACCUGGUGGAGAUGUACCACCUGGGCUUCACCAAGUGCCACCAGGGCCUCCGCUACCGACGCUCCAAGACCCCACGCGAGGCUCCCAAGGACCGGAUGGAGGCACCGGUGCCCUUCGUGCCGAGCUACAACUACUUCGGCGGACAUCCCGCGGUGCCCGAGCGCUUCCCCGCGGACUCCAAGUACAGCGUGGCGGAGCCGAACCCGGCCUACAGCCCCUACAACAGCAAGGCCGUCUACAAGCAGAACAGAGACAACAUGGCUGUGGAGCGAAAAGGCAAAUCGGAGGGGGAUGUGGGCAAGGAGAGGAAAAUGUCCAGUCCCACGCUGGAGAUGGUUGCAGAAAACCAGCGCAGGAACAGCCAGUCGAGCAAGAACAGCAACAGCAGAGGCAGGAUGGACGACCUGCAGAUUUAAAGACUCUCAACUCUGUGAAAAACGGAGGGAAUUGAAUGAAUACGGGAAACGAUUAGUGACAAAACAAGUGAGUGAACACAGAACAGUUCAUGAAUAGAGAGUGCACACUUACAUUUUAUGCCGAGAGCUUCAACCUCUUCCCUAAUUAUUAUGUGGAUGUGCAGCUAAUGUGCUUUACAAAUAUAUUUUGGUGGGCCCUUAUUUGUAAUAAGAUAAUAUGAAGGUGGAGUAACACAACACACACUGUAUUGUUAUAGAGCCAGGCUUUAACAUGGUGACAUAUAACUCUCAGAUCAAAUCGUGUUGUUGCCUGACCGCUUCCUCUUUUCUAAAGAGCCCUCACUGUUCCGUAUUCACUCAAUGGAUUUGACAUUGAUACGUUUCCGUAUUUUUCGGGCGAUAACAAAUACAGUUCUACUUCAGAAUUUCUUGUUUACAAGUGACUUACUUCAAGAAAACUGUGAGAUGCAUGAUGCAUGCACAGGAUUUCUUACUGCAGUUUAAAGAAGUGUGACGCGUGAUGACAACUGUGGAGCAUGAAUUACUCCCCUCGGCAGGACCGCUUCCUCAAAUGUGCUUUAAAUAUAUGUUCUCUUAGUAUUGUAAAUACAUAGGAACAUGUUUGUUUGGAUUUUCUUUUACAGUUCAGUAAACUGCAUUUCUUUCUUGAGUGUCACAAACAUUUCACAGACUUUUCAGUGCUGCUUUCAGCAUAAAUAAGCUACGUGUGAACGAGUAUCUGGAAGCUGCACCAGCGCUGACAGUUAAUGACUGUUAAUAAACUGAUAAUAGCUCAA